AAAAAAUUGAGUGUGGUGAUUGGCCGAUCAGACCAUGCUGCUUCCCACCGCCUCUAACCUCCUCAACCGAGCCUUCUCCUUCUCCUUCUCCUUCUCGUCUCCUCCUCUUCUGCUGUCGCCUUGCUUUUAUUACACUCGCCGCAUUCAAACCCUAAAAUCGACGCCCCCUAAAGCCCUAACGGCGCCGGCGACGACGACGACGACGACGACGACGAACGAUGCGGCGGCGGCGCCGAUCAUGGCGAAGGGCGGCGGCGGCGCCGAUCAUGGCGAAGGCGAUCGCUACAGGGACCCGAGCGCGAACCCAAAGGUGGCGAGGUUACGGGAGCUCGUGAGCGCUGGCGACGCCACCGCUGAUGGCUGGGAGAAGUGCUGGGACAAAGGACUAACUCCAUGGGAUUUGGGUCGGCCAACACCUGUUGUUCCACAGCUCGUGCAAUCAGGAACCCUCCCAAAAGGCAGAGUUUUGGUCCCUGGAUGCGGACUGGGAUAUGAUGUUGUGGCCUUUGCGAGCCCUGGGCGCUUUGUUGUAGGUUUGGACAUUUCUGAUACUGCUAUCAGAAAAGCCAAAGAGUGGUCUUCCUCUUUGCCGAAUGCCAAUUUUUUCACAUUUAUGGCAGAAGAUUUCUUUAUUUGGCAACCGACCGAGUUGUUUGAUCUCAUCUUUGACUACACAUUCUUUUGUGCAAUUGAUCCAAGCAUGAGAUCAGCUUGGGCAAGGAAAAUAAGAGACAUUUUAAAGCCAGAUGGAGAGCUUAUUACACUGAUAUAUGUGAUUACCGAUCAGCAAGAAGGACCGCCUUACAAUACAACUGUCGCUGACUAUGAGGAAGUAUUGAGUCCUGUGGGUUUCAAGGCUCUCUUUAUUGAAGAUAAUGAGUUUGCCGUUGGACCGCGCAAGGGGAGGGAGAAGGUGGGUAGGUGGAAGAGAUAUAAAAAGCUAUCAUCUCUUUGAGGAUAACAUGACCACAAAUCAGCCCAACGACUGGUAAAGCUGUAAUCAGAAACAAGUGUAUUCUUGUACAAAGCAACUUAAACAAAUUAAGAGUGCAUUUUAAGGAAUAUAUUGUUCUUUUGGUCUGUGCAGUAAUCUCAAUUCAGAUUAUUAGAAAUAGACAACCAUGUUUGAUUGGAGAAUCAAGUUCCCAAUAAUGCAGAUAGUAAUGUAGUCAAUUUUUUCGAAUUGACUCUUUAUUAAAAAUAUUGUUUAUAAUAGCUAUUUGCGUUCUAAUUUUA